AUGCCGUUCAUUACCAUCCUACCGGCACCCCCUGUACCUACCGCGCUCGAUGACGGCAAAUCCCUGUGGUUGUACGUCAUGAUACACAUGAACGAACACGACGACCAAAAGUUCGGCUGGACGGUCGUAACUAUGCCUUCCAGCCCGAAGCCACACACCAUUGCCACCUUCUACUACAUCCGCCGAGACGAGCACGGCUGCACCCUAUUCGAUCCCGCCAGAGAGGCCCUGAACCGGUAUACGCAGCAAGUGCGCGAUUGCAGGAGCUGCAUCAAGAUCGGGUGGUUUCCUCCGGAUUGUACACCCGAUGUAGGUAGGAUUCUGAAAAAUGCAUUCAAACCGGGAGGAGGGCGUUGGGUGCAUGUUAUAAGGGACUUGGUGGAUGCGUCUUUGAUAACUGCUGAAGAGGGUGAGGAAAUCAAGAAACACUUAUGGGGGCCGGGGUCAACAUAUAUAGGAGUGCCCUUGGACCUCCUCGAUGAAAAGCAGACUGCUUGGGAGACUCUUCGUCUUGCUGCUUCCGUCGAUCCAUGA